GAGUGCCUCGUGAACAUUGGCGGAUUUCGCUAACACUGGCUGGACAUCAUGUUAUCGGGUAUCGUCGAUAAGGCGACGGCGCGCGCGCACGCGACAGUGCCGCGGUACCCUCCGGCGCAAGAGCCGCCUCGCCAGCCAGUCUCCCUCACAAAUAUUAUACAUCUGAUACCAUUACCGGCGAUUGUUUUGUAAACUGCGGUGUUGUGACAAGGAUUGCUUUUACUUUGACUUGUGCGGUUGAACAGAAGCAAAGUACGCGUUGUUUAUAAAAUUAACAACUUCACUUCAGUACAAUGGCGAUGAAAGAAUGGCUACAACGGCUACCGCCGCCACGGUCGCUGCUCGCGCUGUUGCUGGCCACGGCCGGCUUCAGCGGGCGGCUGUUCGCCUCGCACGUGACCAACUCGCCCACGCUGGUGGUCGACACCUGCCACGCGCUGUGCCGCCUCGUGGGGCUCAUCACCACGCUCAUCGCCUACAAGUUCUCCCGCGCGGACGAGAACGCCGGGCGCGAGGGUAAGCUGCGCAACACAUUCGGCUGGGCGCGCAUCGAGGUGGUGGGCCGGCUGUCCGUGCACGUGCUGUUCGCGUCUUUUGCGUUCGCGCUCGUCGUCAACGCGCUGCAGCUCGGCGUGCACUCCUCGCACGUGCAGCCCCCGAGGUUUCCGCGUGUCAUCGUUGCAACUGCUGUUAUAGGGCUGCUACUACAUGCACUGAACUACAUGCUACUUGCCGGUCGCGAGUUGAGCUACAGCCGGCGCCUGAGCAUGACGGAGAGCGGCGGCGUGGUGCUGAAGCAGGGCGUCGGUGAGCCGGUCCUCGCGCAUGCGCCCACUGACAUCGCUAGCAGUUUGUUCGUGAUGAGCGCAGGGCUCACGCUGGAGUGGGAGGGUCAUGCGGCCGGCAUCGUUGACCCCGCACUCUCUGCUAUCGCCGCCAUCGUGCUUGUUUGCUUCAACUAUCCUUUCAUGCGUUCAGCGGGCAUGAUCCUGUUGCAAACCGUGCCCGAGGGUCUGGGCGCGUGCGAGCUGAAGGCGGCGGCGCUGCGCGUCCCAGGCGUGCUCGCCAUCCACGAGCUGCACGUGUGGCAGCUGCACCGCGACCACGUGGUGGCCACCGCGCACGUCGCCUACUCCUCCACGGAGGACUAUCUGAAGACGUCAGCACUCGUGUGCGACGUGUUCAAACGCCACGGCAUCGGUCUGGUCACGCUACAGCCAGAGUUCAUGCUGACCCAACUUGUCGGCACAGACGAGGAGAAGAAAGCACUAAUACAGUUGGCGAAUGAGUCGUGCGCCAACCCCUGCGCGAAGGAGUGCAUCGGGCCUCGGUGCUGCGAACCGCCCCCCAAGCCUAAAGUUGCGCGGGUGUGAGCUACAGAUAUCGCAGCUAUAUGAUUCUUGCCAUAGGUUCACGCCGAGGAUCAAGGCACUAGUGUGUAAUUUCCCCUUUUAGUUGAAAGGUCAGAGAGCAACAUUUGUUGCCAUAGACACGAAUUUAAUAUUGAAAAGGGAUUGCAGAAAUAAGUUUAUUUUACUAAUUUACUUUAAA